GGCGUGCCAGCACUCCCUGGGCGGACCUCACGGAUGCUGGCCACUAUAAGGCCAGCCAGACUGCGACACAGUCCAUCCCCCUCGACCACUCCUUUGGCGCUUCGCUGUCGAUCGUGCGCUUCUAGUCCCGUGGUCAGUCAUGGCAUGCCCCCUGGAUCAGGCCAUCGGCCUUCUCGUGGCCAUCUUCCACAAGUACUCUGGCAAGGAAGGUGACAAGCACACCCUGAGCAAGAAGGAGCUGAAGGAGCUAAUCCAGAAGGAGCUCACCAUUGGCGCUAAGCUGCAGGAUGCUGAAAUUGCAAGGCUGAUGGAUGAUCUGGACCGGAACAAGGAUCAGGAAGUAAACUUCCAGGAGUAUGUCGCCUUCCUGGGGGCCUUGGCUUUGAUCUACAACGAAGCUCUGAAAUAAAAUGGGAAGGAGAGCUGCCUCUGGGGUCUGCCUCCGUCAAAUCCAGUGGGUGCAGGGCCUGGUGGUGGAAGGAGAUGCUUGGUGCCUCAGGAGGCCUGCAGGCAGGCUUUGCUGUGUGUCAGGAUCACAAGACUAGAGAGGAGCUGAAGAUGCAGAGUCCAUCUGCUAAAUAAAACUUCUCCUCACUGAG